AUGGCAUCAGCAAACCUCUCCCGCCCUGCAGCAAACAUCACGCCGCCAGAGAUUCUGCUGCAAAUAUUUUAUAUGCUUAGUCCACGAGACUUUGACAAUGCUCGGCGAACGUGCUCUCAAUGGAUGCGUGUCAGCCUCAAUAAGCAUUUGCUGGAGAGCAUGCUCAAGCGGGCAGGCUGGUGGGACGCCUGGCAACAGGACUGCGACAGUUACCGCAUCGAUUCUUCUGCAAGCGAACAGAGUCUGGUGUGGAGAAUGAGCAGAAGAUUCGCUACUGAAUGUAUCUUGUCUGGUCGCAAAUCUAAUGUGGAAAGAGUCGGCUUUUUGACAACGGGGGUCGUUGAUUUCUCUCGACUUUCUCGGGGACAGUCUCUCCUGAAACACCGGGUCUCUGCUCCCCAUUCAGCUGCUGGCACCGUCAUGAAUUUUGAUAUGAGACCACUGGCCACGUCUAAAUUUCAUGUCAGCAAUUGUGCCAACUAUCUACUCGUUACCUCCGGCCACAUGAUAUACGUUUAUCAUCUACUCUCUCGGAAAUCUGGAAGCGUCCUGCCCACAACGAUGGAGGUUUUGACAGAUUUGGAUAUUGCUCCAGUUGCAAGCAUCAUCUGUCCUGUUGAGGUGAUAUCAGCUAGUAUCGACACUAGCACUCCGAAGAUUGUGGUCGCGGCAUUGCUACGUGAGCGUCUGGGAUUCGUUUGCGACUUGAAGGCAUUGGAUGAGCAUUCAUCUGUUCUACCAGACACUAUGCGAACUUUGGAUCCAUCAUGUAUCCACUAUUUUCGUAAUAUCUGCUCCCCAGAGGAUCCUCCCCGCAGUGUCUCGAUUUGUCCGGGGCGUCGAUGCGUUGCUUUUGGCUCCGGUGCUUGCAUCGAGUUGCAUUGGGUUGACGAGAAGACAAAACAGAAUCAGCGAAAGCGAUUUCCCAUGUCGCAACCAUCGGAGAUACUACACUUUCUUCCCCAUCGGCCGGAUGCACCCAUGGAAUUGCGGCUCAUCUCAUCACUGGCUGGACCAGGGAUGCCGGGUUGCGAGUGCCACAAAGCAUCGUACGGGGAAAGGCGUGCCCCUUGUCAGUUUCACCUUCUGACUGACGUACAAUCUUUCACUCGAUGGACUCCUUCGAACAACAACAGCAGUCUGAGUGUAGUGAGGGCAACCCAUUGUCACCAUUAUCGAGCUGUCCCGAUCAACGAUGGAUUGCAUAUCUUGUUCAUUGAGCCCCGCACAGGUCUACUCUGUAUCGGCUCUGACGCUCCUAUCGGUGGACCUACAAGCUUAACACGGGCACUCGUCUGUGUUCCACCGUUUGAGAAGGAUUCCUUAAAUGUUUCUAAGGAUGGUUUGGCUCCUACAGUCUUCGCUUCAGGAUGGAAUCUGGACUGGGGAUUGCGUGUGGUCGCUGCAUAUGGCGAUCGGAUCGUACUGUAUUCGGUGCCUGUAGAUGUCUACAAUGUCAUCCGGAAAGAGCGUGAGAGACAAGGAGACGGUGUCAUGGGCGACAGUGAUCUAGCGAGGGACUUUUUCCUCGACAAUUCGCGGUCAGGCAAGCGACGGGAAAGUCUUGUGCAAAACCAGAACGGCGACUGGGAGUUCCUUCUCAGUGUCAGCUGGCGACCGACAGUGAUGAUGUGGCCAUUCAAGAUCUAUGGCAAGGAGAUUGCACGUAUGGAAAACGUGGUUGAACUGGCUCUUCAGUCUGCCUCUGGAGGUGCGCGAAUCUGGGCCUUUAGUGCUUCCGGUGAAACAAACAUCAUCGACAUCGACACCUUCAGUUCGGGCAAUCAACGGAGUUCCGGCAUCCCUUGCAAGUCAUUGACCAUCGAUGCUGAUGGCAAUAUCGCCUCGGCUCAAUGGGUGGACAGGACCGACUCCGGGCUGUUGACAUCACAAUCCUCGCGCAAGCGCAAAUCAUCUGAUUUUCGGGAUGACUUUGGUGGUCAGCAGUCUGCCAUUUGUCGAAUACCACGUUUCUUGCAUGAGGGAUACGUUCCCACGAACAACGUUCUGCCCCCAGCGUUUCCCAGCCCUGCUGCACGCCGCCCAUCCUUCGCUGCGUGCAUCGUGGAUUUCAAGAUUCCAGAGUUGGGCCCUCGCGAAGGUACCUGGGUGGACGGUGCUUGUGCUUAA